AUGACGUGGAUACAAGCACUGUAUGUGCUAACUCUUGUAGUAACGUCUCAAGCAUCACUUAAAAAUUACGAUGAGGAUUUCGUUCUGGAGUUCAUAAAUCGUUCCCAAACGUUGGACAUUAGUGAGAAGUGCAGAGAUAGUUUGGGAAAGGUCCAUUCAUAUCUGAGCCAUCAUGACACCCUCGAAACUCAGGGAAUCUAUUAUUUUGAGUCCUUUGGAACAGGUCCUUCAAAUUUGUUCCUCUCACGUGAUCAGGAUCGAUGGGUUUAUCGAGGAUAUGAGUGUCUUAUCGCCGCUGGAGAGACAAUUUACUCCAAGGAUCGAUGGGUCUAUAGAGGAUAUGAGUGUCUUAUCGCCGCUGGAGAGACAAUUUACUCCAAGAGCGAGUAUCCUAUGCAUUUCUGCUACUCUCAUGAAGAUACUGAUAGCCCAGUCGAUGCUUAUGGCGUUUGUAUCCCGUCUCCUUGUGCGGAUAGUCAUGUUAAGCUGCUAAAAGAAUGGCGAGCCAUGACAAAACCGGAUGAGGCUGCCCUUCCGAUGGAUUUUACAUCUUGCACAUCUUCACGGCAUGAAAAGCAGUGGUUUGAACAAUUCGUGCCCGUCGCUGACUUUGCCUUCAACGUCUUGCUUAUCAUGCUUGUCGGAAUGGCAACUAUCUAUCACAACACUAGAGGAGAAACCGCUAAAUCGAAAUCAAGCAGAAUUUUGCUGGCGUUCUCAGCAAAGAAGAAUCUGCGCAGAUUGGUGCAGUUACCCAAAGAUCCACAGUCUUGUAUCACGUGUAUGUUUGGCAUGCGUUUUCUCUCCAUGGUGUGGACUUUAAUGGGACAUUCAUUCAUAUUUGUACAGGCAUACCUCGAAAACGUUGAUGAAUUCAAAGAUGCCAUGGUUAAUAAUUUUUGGAACCAAUGGAUUACCAAUUUCACACUCAGUGUUGACACAUUCCUUGUGCUAGGCGGUACUGUACUAUCCUAUACAUGGUUUAGAAAAUGGUUGAAAAAUACCACGGAAGAGGAACCUAGCUGGACUUCUUAUAGCUACUGGAUGCGCUUUUACAGACAUAGGGUUGUACGAUUGUGGCCUGCAUAUUUGUACACGCUCAUGGCAGUCACGCUUAGGAUAUCAAUUACCCACUUCCACCCUAUGUGGCCGCCAACUGACCCAGCUAUUCAAUGCCCUAAACAUUGGUUUGAGAAUGUAUUCUUCAUCAAUAGUCUUUUUAACAAUAGAUGUAUGCCUUGGACUUGGUACAUUGGCACCGAGUUCUUAUUUUAUUUGGUCUCACCAAUCUUUUUGUUAUCUCUAAGACAAGCACCAAAAAUUGGAAUGGGUAUAUGUUUGGUUACAAUACUUUUCUCUGCUGGAUUAAAUACCGUAAAACAAAUCGAAAGCAAUUUCCCACCCACGCAGUUCCUUUGGAGGCAACCAGAGAUCUUCAAUCCGAACUUUAUCCAGCACCACAUUGAAUUAUAUAUCAAGCCACAGUAUCGCAUUGGGCCUUAUAUCAUUGGAAUCGUGCUUGGUUAUUUCCUCGCCAAUUACCAAAGAAUGGCUGUCAAGCCAGCAAGAAGCGCUAAAUUCGGCUGGAAUUGGCCAAUCUAUCAUCUUGUCUACGGAUCUAUCCAUAGAGAUGUGUUUGCUAUUGGCAUGGCAUGGUUGAUUUAUGCUUGCCAUACCGGUAUUGGUGGGAUAGUUAACAGCAUUCUCAGCGCAAAAAUCCUACUUCCACUUUCUAACCUGUGCUAUUCGGUCUACCUUUUCCACAUGAUUCCCGUUGUGCUCACUUAUCUCCUCGUCCCAUUCCCGAUAUGGUUCGACUCGCAAUUGCCAAUUUUCAUACAUUGUAUGGUACAGCUGGCAAUAUCCUACGUUUUUGCGAUCGUCUGUACCUUGGUGGCCGAGUAUCCAGCUCAUAAUAUUGAGGCCAUCAUGCUGGAGCCUCGACAG